AGUGUGUGUAAUGUGUAUGUGUGUGUAGUUGAAGUAGUUACCUCCAUAGUGAGAGUGUCGCUAACCACUGGACUGUUAACGGGGACUUUAAAGGACAUUACCUUGAGGAGGAACUCUCUCUCUCGCUCCAUUUCUCCCGUGAAGCGGAAGAUAGGUGGAUUUUUGUCGCUGUUAUUUUCCACGGUACAGGUUGAAGCGGUGCAGCCGGGGGACCAGAAGCGAGCAGUAUGCAUUCAGACUGCAGGCUGCUAUGGGCAGAGCGGUAAUGGUGGGUAGGGGACCGACAGGGGCCGAGGUUCUUCUCGUCCUGUCGAUUCUCGUCAUUCUCACCGCGGAAAACUGUCGAGCGCAGAAAGGUGAUGGCUGUGGCCCCAGUGUGCUUGGCCCCAGCAGUGGGACUCUGUCCUCUCUGGGUUACCCGAGGACAUACCCGAACAACACGGUGUGUGAGUGGGAAAUCAGUGUGCCGCGUGGCAACAGGAUCCACUUUCGCUUUGCAGAGCUGGACAUAGAGAACGGAGACUGCCAGGUCAACUACCUCAGCCUCUUCAACGGUAUUGGACCCGAGAGGAGAGAGAUUGUGAAAUACUGCAGUUUGGGUCUGAAGGUUGAAGAAAUGUCCACUGGUAACCAGGUCACUGUCCGGUUCAUGAGUGGGACCCAUCACACUGGACAUGGCUUCUACCUGUCCUACGCCACCACUGAACACACAGAUCUAAUCACCUGUCUGGACAAAGGAACUGAUUUCCCACAGGCAGAGUUCAGUAAAUACUGCCCAGCAGGCUGCCUGACAUCCACUGAGGAGAUUUCUGGAACUAUACCAAAUGGAUACAGAGAGUCCUCUCCACUGUGUGUGGCGGCCAUCCAUGCAGGUGUGGUGUCCAACGCUGUGGGAGGGAGGAUCAGUGUGGUCAGCAGCAAAGGCAUCCCUCGUUAUGAUGGCACGCUGGCUAACAAUGUCACUUCCACUGGAGGAACUUUGUCAAACAGCCUCUUCACCUUCAGGACCAAUGGCUGCUAUGGGACACUGGGAUUAGAGUCUGGUGGCGUUGCAGACACUCAACUCUCUGCUUCAUCUGUGUGGGAGUGGAACUUUGGUCAGCACCGCGAGUGGCUGCCGUCAGGGGCACGCCUUAAAAAGACGGGGCUUCCGUGGGCGCCUUCUCAGAGUGACCAGCACCAGUGGUUGCAGGUCGAUCUCAAGAGGGAGAAGAGGAUCACAGGCAUCACCACCACAGGCUCCACCCUGAGAGAGUAUCAGUACUUUGUGUCAGCAUACCGGGUCCUGUACAGCAACGAUGCCCAGCAGUGGUUUAUCUACAGGGAAGCAAAUUCUACUCAAGACAAGAUUUUCCAAGGGAACAUCAACUACCAGCGUGAAGUGAGGAAUAACUUCAUUCCUCCCAUCGAGGCUCGGUUUGUGAGGAUAAAUCCCACGUCAUGGCACCAGAGAAUUGCGCUGAAGGUGGAGCUGCUUGGCUGCCAAAUCCCUGCAGUGAGGCGAACGACUGGGCCGAAGCAGGCGCCGAGGAUGUUUCCCCCGUCUCGUCACACUCCGCCCCCUGCAGGUACGAAGCAUCCACCAGACCUUGGCCAAACCACGCCCACCCCGGACAUAAGAAACACCACGAUGCCCCCCCACACCAGCAAAGAUGUGGCUCUGGCAGCAGUUCUGGUUCCUGUGUUGGUCAUGGCUCUCACUGCUCUCAUCCUGACUGUGGUUUGUGCGUGGCACUGGAGAAACAGGAAAAAGAGCUCUGAAGGAGCAUAUGAUCUUCCUCACUGGGAUCGCACAGACUGGUGGAAGAGCAUGAAGCAGCUGCUGCCGUCCAAGAUGGUGGAGAUGGAUGACUCAGUCCGGUACAGCAGCAGUGACGUGGGCCGGCUCUCAGGGAGAGGGGCCGUACCAAGACUUCACGCUGAACCUGCAGAAUAUGCCCAGCCGCUGGUGAGUGGUGUUACAACAUUGGGUGCUCGUUCAACGUUUAAACCAGACGAGGGUCCUGACCCUGGAUACUCGGAUCCAGAUCUGUACGACGCCCCCAUUUCACCAGACGUCUACCACGCGUAUGCAGAGCCCCUGCCCGCCUCGGGAUCGGAAUAUGCCACACCUAUCGUGGUCGAUAUGGGUUGCCAUCCCUCAGGGGGCUCCACUUUGAACCAGCCCUCUGCUGCAUGCAGUUUCAUGGGUGCCGGGCCCGCCUCCCUGCUCACACAGACAGACAGCGGCCAGUCGGGGAGGUCGGCGUAUGAUACGCCUAAGAACGCCACCGGUCAGGCCACGCCCACUGAGGAUCUGACUUAUCAGGUACCUCAGAGUUGCACUCAGAAGCCAUCAGGACAAGGCUGAAGAGCUGGGACGCACGUGGCCUUAAUCUGCCCUUCACUGCUCAGAACAACCCCGAAGGACACAGACGGAGGGUUGUUAAAGGAUGAGGAGGCGUGAACCCGUGGGCCACCAGGGCCCUGGCUCGAGUCUUGAAUGAACACUACCUUAGGUUUAGAUUCAUGUGGAGAUGUCUGUAUUGCCCAAUUGUCUCUGCAUGGCCAUGAUCUUUGCUUGUGCAGUGCCAUUACAGUCCUAUCACUGAAACCACAAAGAUGAAUGUGUUUUGUGCCAGACGCGAGAGUCGGGAGGUGAAAAGGAGAAGGCUGACUACUAUUUGAUGAAGACUUUGUCUUGUCCCUGUUCUGUGACUCUUAGUAGUUCUUUCAUUCUGUGAAACUGUGAUGUCAAAUAUUCACUUUUUAUUCUGUUACACAAAAAAUCUGAUGCUUUUGAUUUUACUGCAUGUUGCAUUUAAGUAGCCCACGUUCAAGGUCAAAAAAAAAAAGAAGUCUUCUUUCAAAACUCUAGUUUCAUGGUACGUUUUGUCUUACUUUUGCUUAAAAGCACGACUUGAAAUUGUGUAUAGUGACGUUGAAUCCAUUAAUGCAAACCUGUUAAAACUCUAAAGUGAUUUACUAAUAUUUAUUGUAUUAUUUCACAUCCUGCUGAUGAGGAGAGCCUCUUAUUAAAUAAAACCCCACUACUUCCCUCACUGACUUCAAAUUGAAACAUUGUGUGGAAAACUCACUGUCGGCUUCUUGUCAAACCUUGUCGAUAACUCGCAGAGGCCGAUCGGGAGAAUUGAUUUUGUGAACUCCCUAAUGUGAUAUUGGAGACCAAAUGUUGCCUCUUCUGUGUUUAUGCAAUAUUGAUUCACAAUGCAAACCUGCCAAACAUCACGUAGCCCAAUAAACACUAAAGCAGUCUUAA